GUAUAGGUUUAAUUUUUGUAUCACUAUUGGUUUGGUCUGUAUGGUGGUCAUUCUCAGUUCUGCUACUUUAAGGACUCUUUUUGUACAGUGCAAAGUGUACUUAGUGGAAGAUGUGCUCAUGAGUUUCCUGCUUGGAAUCUUGGAAGGGGGAGGAGCUGUAGAAGCACAUCCUCUUAUUCAGCAGUUACUGGAUCUUAUGUGGCUUCUCAUGGAGGAUUAUGAAGUUCACGAAUGCCUCAAGCAGCUGUUGAUGUCCCUGCUCAGAGCGUACCGCUUUUCUCCCAUAGUUCCUGAUCUUGGCUUACAGAUCCAUUAUCUUCGCCUUACUAUUGCCAUCCUAAAACAUGAGAAAUCCAGGAAAUACUUGCUCCAUAAUGUCUUAUUUGAUGUUCUUCGCUCAGUUGUAUUUUUUUAUAUCAAGUCCCCUUUGCGUGUGGAGGAGGCUGGCUUACAGGAGUUGAUACCCACCACCUGGUGGCCAAAUCGCUUCAACAAGGAGGGCAAAGAGACUAAAGAGAUAAAGAAUGAGAGUUCUGAAGAGAGACUGAGGAGGCGAGCCUAUGAGAGAGGGUGCCAGCGGCUUAAAAAACGCAUUGAAGUGGUGGAAGAACUCCAAGUGCAGAUACUGAAGCUGUUGUUAAAUAAUAAAGAUCAUGGUGUGAACUAA